AUGAAGAAUAGGCUUUUAGCAGGAUCUUGUUGCCGCAUGAGAAACCAAUUUAAACUGAUCCAUUUAUACCGUACUACUACUUCAACUCAACUCAGAUUUGUGAGAACCGAGUUAGCGGUUGGAGAGGAAAAGGCAGAUCAAAGAUUUGAUGGAGCAGUGAAUAAAUCGUUGAAAGGAGAGGCUACUUCUACGGUUCCAGAAUUUGAAAAAUGGAAUGAAACACUUGCAUCGUCUUCCGAAGCUAUUGUAAAGGCAGAGCGUUCGCAUGAUAUGUCUAAGGAAGAAUUGCAAGAGCAGACCAUCAAAACGUUGCAGGAAAUGGAGAAGAAGGGAGAAUUCCCAUUCGAUGACACUCAGUAA